CCCACUGGCGCUGGUUUGACAGCUGUCAGUCGUCGCGAUGAAUGUACCGUUGAUCGUGCCCUUAGUUCCGAUUCUGCUCAGACGAGGCCAGGCGGAUUUUGACGCAUUGAAUGAAGCUAUCGGCUCGGUAAUGCGUGAGAGAAGACUGCGUCACAGGUGGAUUCGACGGGUAAUAAACUCUCCGUGAAGCACAUGAUUCUCUCACAACACCAUUCUAUAUAAGUUUCAAAAAGUGUGUAUUUUGCAGGGGCUCUAUUGCGUACCAAUCUUAGGUCGAAGGUUCCGUAAACUACUGAAUCUCGAUGAAAAAACCCUCAACUGAAUGCCGUCUGCAACUGGCCUCAUUUAGAUCGCUGAUGUACCUGUUGACCGAGCACAUGCUCCCUCGCACUCAUGGAUACUCUUUCGAAUUUGCUGUGAUUGUGACCCUCUACUGGAUUGCUGCAGGAAUGUCAUACAGAGUCUUGGGCAACUCAUUUGAUCUGUGCCAUAGCACAGCAUUUGACUUAACUGCUAUGGUAUUGGACAUCAUUUGCAGAGUAUUGCAUCAAGUCAUUCGGUUGCCUACUGCUGAAGAACUUCCUCAAAUUGGACAACAAUUUUGCAAAUAUGGCUUCUUCUCCUGCUUUUGCCCAGUGCUGUGGUGCCAUAGAUGGCUGUCAAAUUUAUUUCAUUUGUGAAGAUGCAGACCGACAUGAUGAAUACAUUAAUAGAAAACUCUAUUACUCCAUCAAUCUCACAGGGCUUGUGAAUCAUACAGGGAAGUUCAUUGAUGUGUGUAUAGGAUUCCCAGUCUCAUGCCAUGACUUGAGGGUGCUCCGCCACAGUGGACUCUACAGAGCUGGUGGGUGAUUCUCAGAAUACGGGCCGUUUAGAUUCCGCGGCCCUUCACAACUAUGUGAUAUGGUUUUAAAA